GCGCGAGUAGUGAACCCGGAAGUUAUUAUUUUUAUUUACGGUGGUAAAGAUGGCGGACAUGGACGAGCUGUUCGGCAGCGAUGGAGACAGCGACAAUGAACAACACGAUUCCGGGUCCGGCUCGGGUUCCGGGUCCGACUCGGAGCAGGAGAGGCCGCGCUCGGCCAGUAACGCCUCGGGCAGCGGGAGCGACAGGGAUCAGGACGACGACGAUGACGAUGAUGAUGGUCACGAUGGUGGGAAGCCGAGCAACAAAGAGCUGUUCGGAGACGACAGUGAAGACGAGCGAGGCAGCGACAACCAAUCAGAACACUCGGGGAAUGAUAACCAAUCAGACGCCAGCGAGCACUCGGAGGCGGAGCAACACAGUGGUUCAGAGGGACAUCACGAGGAGGAAGACGAUGAUGAAGCUCACAGUCACAGAUCAGAUGCAGGAAGCCCCGCCUCUAGAGCGGGAAGCCCCGCCUCUGGAGCAGGUAGCCCCGCCUCUGGAGCAGGUAGUCCCGCCUCUGGGGCAGGAAGUCCCGCCUCUGGAGCAGGUAGCCCCGUCUCUGGAGCAGGAAGUCCCGCUUCUGGACCAGGGAGCCCCGCCUCCGGAGCAGGAAGUCACCGUUCUGGGAGAGGAAGUGUCACGCCGAUGUCGGACCACUCAGACGGAGAAGGCUCGAUGAGAGACGGUCACUCGGGAGAUGAGAAGUGGGGGGGUGAGGGGAAAAGCGGCAGCCCGCGGUCUGACCAAUCAGAGGACGAGGAGAAGCAGCGUAACUCAGACGAAGAGCGAGAUCACUCCGACGAUGAGGGGAGGGAACACAAGUCUGGUUCGGCUAAAGGCAGUGACAGCGAGGACGACUUUGUGGGACGGAAGAAGAAGAAAGUGGCGUCUGAUUCUGACUCGGACAGUGACGUGGGGACACAGAGGGGUAAGAAAAGUGCAGCGGACGAUCUGUUCGGAGAAGCAGACGACAUCUCAUCAGACAGCGAUAACGAGAAACCGCCCACACCUGGACAACCGCUGGAUAAUGAGGAGGGUAUGGAAGGAGAGCAGCAGGAGGAGGAGCCACUUCCAGAGACCCGGAUAGAGGUGGAGAUCCCUAAAGUCAGCACGGAUUUGGGAAGCGACCUUUACUUCGUCAAACUGCCCAACUUCCUCAGUGUGGAGCCGAGGCCGUUUGAUCCUCAGUACUAUGAGGAUGAGUUUGAGGAUGAGGAGAUGUUGGAUGAAGAAGGCAGGACCAGGCUGAAGUUGAAGGUGGAGAACACUAUCAGGUGGCGCAGUCGCCGUGACGACGAGGGGAACGACAUCCGUGAGAGCAACGCGCGUAUCGUUAAAUGGUCAGAUGGCAGCAUGUCCCUGCACCUGGGUAACGAGGUGUUUGAUGUGUAUAAAGCUCCUCUGCAAGGAGACCACAAUCACCUGUUCAUCAGACAGGGCACGGGACUGCAGGGCCAGGCGGUGUUCAAAACCAAACUCACCUUCAGACCCCACUCGACAGACAGCGCCACUCACAGGAAGAUGACUCUCUCUCUGGCUGAUCGAUGCUCCAAAACACAGAAGAUCAGAAUUUUGCCGAUGGCCGGCCGAGAUCCAGAGUCACAGAGGAACGAGAUGAUAAAGAAAGAGGAGGAGCGGUUGCGGGCGUCUAUCCGGCGCGAGUCCCAGCAGAGGAGGAUGAGGGAGAAGCAGCACCAGCGAGGCCUGAGCGCCGGAUACCUGGAGCCUGAUCGCUAUGACGACGAGGAGGAGGGAGACGAAGCCAUCAGCCUCGCCGCGAUAAAGAGCAAAUACAAAGGAGGAGGACUGAGAGAGGAGAGAGCGAGGAUCUACUCGUCUGACAGUGACGAAGGCUCUGAUGAGGAUAAAGCACAGCGCCUCAUGAAGGCCAAGAAACUCGACAGUGACGAGGAAGGAGAGAACUCGGGGAAGCGGAAGGCCGAGGACGACGACGAGUCGUCUACCAAGAAGGCCAAGAAAUACGUGAUCAGUGAUGAAGAGGAGGAGGAAGAGGAGGAAGACUAGUCCUUCAUUUAUUCUCUUUUCGUUUAUCGUUCUGUUUUUUUCUAUCGUUCUGUGAUGAGUGUUGAAGUCUGAGAGGCCGUGUGUGUAUUUUAUAGAGCUGCUUCAGUGGAAAAUAAAGAAACAGUUGACCUUGA